AUGGGCAGCAGCAUGAUGAUGAUCGGCUUCUUGGCGGCGGUUUGCGUCGCGGAAUUGCUUGCAGCCUCGAUUCCGGCGCAGCAGCCUACAAAUGAGCUCUAUCGCCGGGCGGCCGAGAUGAACCCUUUCUCCCGAAAAUACUACUCGUUCGCUGAACUUGGCGUUCCUUCAGUCGAUGUUCCAAGGAGUUCCCCGUAUCUCCAGGAAAUGUUCCCGGCCCACGUCCGCUCCGCCUACGGCCAGGGAGAUGCUGCGUCGACUCCAGAAAUUGACGCAAGCAUGAAAAACGUACCAAAAAAAUGCAGUUGUCAU